CAGAAAUUGGCUGAAGUUGAGGAUAAGGUGAUUGUUGAAGGGAAGCUUGCCACAAUAUCGGCUAAAUUACCUAAAUAUAGAGAAGAGAUUCUAGAGAAGAAAUUGGAUAAAUUUCGGAGGGAUACUGUAGAUUAUUUGGAGGAUAAAGUGUAUACUUGGCGGCAAUCGCGUCCUGGGCGUUAUUUUCAAAGGCGUAAACAAGACAAUUCGGAUACUAGUGUGUCGGGUCCUGAGGUGUCUUCUGGGGAAUCUGAAUUUGGAAAAAGUGUUUUUUUAGGGGAACAUCCAAGAGGAGACGUGGCAAGAGGCCGAGGAGAGGUACACAGAGUGGUUCCAAUUGUGACCGAACCCAAGAGGAGAUAUCCGGGACGCAUGAGACAACAGCGGAAACAUUGGUAG